UACGACAGCGACAUCCAUCGACAAUCUAUAUCACGACAACUGUCUCGAAACAUCGUAGACAGGCUGAUCGACUUAGAUAAUCGCAAAAAUGGCCGACAAUAACGCCCCAGUUACGCUGCGAACCCGCAAAUUCAUUCGCAACCCUCUCCUCGGCCGAAAGCAAAUGGUCGUUGACAUCCUCCACCCAAACCGUGCCAACAUCUCCAAGGAUGAGCUCAGAGGCAAACUCGCCGAACUCUACAAGGCUAGCCAAGACCAAGUCAACGUCUUCGGUCUCCGUACCCAAUUCGGUGGUGGAAAGACAACCGGUUUCGCCCUCGUCUACGACUCCCCAGAGGCAAUGAAGAAAUUCGAACCCCACUACAGAUUAGUCCGCGUUGGAUUUGCUACCAAGAUCGAGAAGGCCAGCAGACAACAACGCAAGCAACGCAAGAACAGACAAAAGACACUCAGAGGUACUGCGAAGGUCAAGGGUGCCAAGAAGAAGAAGGAGUAGAGCACUCGCUUCAUCUUAGGGUGGGAAAUGGUUGGUGUUGUUGGACCUGGGGAUUGGCUAUGUGCUUUGUACGCAUCUGCAUCGAUCCUCCAACGUAUCAUGCUUUGGUGUAAUUAGGGAACGAAAAUAGAGGCAUGAUGGCAUGAAACCUCUAAUCGGUCUCUAUUAGGUCCACACUACAAACUUCAAUCACGGUGUUUUGCUCGUUCAUUCGAAAUCUGGUUUAUGUGCAGCAUGGUCAUGGGUGACACAAAAUGGAAAUAUGCGUUUGCAACCUGGAGGUUGCUAUUCCUCAAAUUUUACUUUUUCUGACAUGGCUCUCUCCCACCUCCCAUGUCACCAUUGCAUUAUGGAUACAAAUAAUCAUCUGCGAAGAUGUCUUUGACCGUUUCUGCAAGCGCUUUUUGACAUGUCAUUUUAUGCAAUUUACCUUCUGUCAACAAAGUUUGCCUCGUGCGCCACUACAAACUUUAUAUUGACAUUUCAAGCUGAACUGCCCCAAUUUCCCCUCUUUUGAUGUUACAAACCACAUUGCGUCCUGCGAGCAAAACUAUGUUAGGUAGGUAUCGUUCCGUGCUUCGUUUCGGUCCGUACCUUCUUCAAUCGCUGUUUGAAUCUCGGUUUCUGUACAUGUUCAUCUGCAUUGAUUGUGGAGAUGACGGACGUCUCUCUGUUAUACAAGAAACGGUACCUUCAGCUAGCUUGUGGUUCUUUGCGUUUCACAUACUUGCUGGAGAUGAGAUAAUGGUAUAUCUCACAUGCUGGGCGAACACAGUUGACCUAUGUGACAAUGAAAGAAUGAGGUUAUCAAUACGAACGAGCACAAAAAGAACGUUCUGGAUCCGAGGCUACAAAAUUUCCUAUCUCAUGGACUUGAGGCUCGGCUCGUGGGCUUCCCGAAUUGCUCCUCGGGGAGGAGAUUUCGCAAGCCUGGCCUCGUUUACCACGAGGUCCAGACAUGUUACAGACGUGAGAUAGCGCUUGAGCAUAAGUCGAAGAGUAGAAAUCUAAGCUUGAAGCUUGAUAUAUUAUAUGUGACUCUCCUAUUGAUAUUCGAAGUGCAUCCAAACAUCAAG